UAUAAUUUCCCUCCACUAUCCCAGACAUUAAUGAUUCAUGACUAUCUGUUCAUUUCUUCUCCAGGUGUUUCUGAUGUUGAGAUCGACAGACUGACCGUGAAGGAGGGAGGUUCAGUCACUCUACCCACCAAUGUUAAGAUAAACCAGAAAGACAGAAUUAAAUGGUUUUUUCAAAACACUCGUAUAGCUCAAGUCAUUGGACAUAUUAGUAGCUGUACAGAUGUUCAGUGUAAUGAAGAUACUGAGAGAUUCAGAGGCAGACUGAAGCUGGAUCUGCAGACUGGAUCUCUGACCAUCAGCGAUAUCCAACAAGCAGACUCUGGAGUUUAUGAACUACAGAUCACCAGUAGCAUCAGCAAUACUGACAGCCUUAAGAUCUUCAAUGUUACUGUCAGUGGAGCUGAAGUGUUUUUGGAGGAGGGAGAUUCAGUCACUCUACACACUGGUGUUAAAACAAACCAGCAAGACAGAGCUAAAUGGUAUUUUAAUAACACUAUAAUCGCACAAAUCAAUGGAGAUCUCAGUAAGUCCUGUACAGAUGUUCAGUGUAAUAAAGACAAUGAGAGAUUUAGAGACAGACUGAAGCUGGAUCAUCAGACUGGAUCUCUGACCAUCACAAACACCAGAAACACAGACUCUGGAGAAUAUCAACUACAGAUCUUCGGCAGCCGCAACAUUGAAAAAACCUUCAGUCUAGAAGUUGAUGGUGUUGCUGCUGCAGAACGAGAUGAAGUGAAGACAGUGAAACAGGGUGAAUCUGUCACUUUACCUGUUGUUAUAAAAAAAACAAAUGAUGUGAUGUGGUAUUUUAAUGACAUUCGCAUCGCUGAAUCCAGUGGAGAUCAGAGUAAGAUCUGUGAAGAUCUUCAGUGUAAAGAGAGAUUCAGAGACAGACUGAAGCUGGAUCCUCAGACUGGAUCUCUGAUCAUCACACACACCACAAACACACACUCUGGAGAAUAUACACUACAGAUCAUCAGCAACAGAUACAGCUUCAGUAUUAGCAGGAUUAGGAGGUUCAUUGUUACUGUGACUGGUUCAGGUCGAACUCUAGUUGUUCGUGUAGGAAUAAUACUCCUGGUGGUUGCUGCGGCUGCGGCUGCGGUUGCUGCUAUGGUUUGCCAUCAAGCAACAAGAUCUGCAGGCAUCAGUGUGGCCGAAAAUCAUAAUGAGGUGAAUGAACAACACUUACUCGGAGUCGUUUGUCAGAAUGAGGAUCCUUCUAAAGGGACAUGCAAUAAUCAGACCGCCAUUGGAACAUCACAGCAACAUUAAUUAUUAUUUUGGCACAUUUAUUUAAAGGGAUACUGAGGAGAACUAAGGUGUUGUUGUGAGAUGAAGAGGACGAAACUCAGUCCCAAAUAGAACACGUCAUAUGCACUUCUGGUCCGUGAGGGCUUGCCAAGUUACUCUCAUUUUGUGUUUGCUGCUUGCUGUUGAAUGUUUGCCUUCCAAGACUAUGGAAGAAAGAGGCCGCACUUUGCAUAGAAAGUUUAUUUUACACAAACGCGUUUCGGCGCGUGCCUUCUUCAGUGCGCCUUCCAAUACUGCCAUUUUCAUCAAGAAGUGUAUUUUUCUAGUAGUAGUCGCAGAUGGCCUUGUACUGUAAUGGCGCUUUUUAAUUUUAUUUUUGCAUCAAACAUUGCUAGAAUGGUUAUGUAAAAUGUAAAUUUAAAUACAAAAUGCAAUGCCAUUUUACAUAUUGCAUUGUCAUUUUGCGUAUUACGUUUCAAAUUGAAUAUUGCUACACAUUUACUUCCAUACACAUAACCCAGAAGAGGCCGGGAUACAAGGAAACCGUAAUGCCAAUGUAUUGUAUAUAGAUGGGGGUAGACAUGUUCUACAUUCUCCAGGAUUCAAGUGGAUCUUCAGCUCUUUGUAUGUUUGUCUCUGUAAGGUAUAUUUAUCCACUUCUAUUAUCGUAUCAGAAGUGACAUUUGAGCUUGAUUGUGCUGGUCUACAGCACUGUCCAACAGAAGACAAAGGUUUCCACCUCAGAA